AUGGGCGCGUCAAAGAACUCAUCAUCGACAUCAGCAGUGGACACUGGGUUCGCGACCCUUGCGCCCCGCAUCAAGAACAUCUCGCAGUCCACCAUUCGGAAGAAAUGGAAACCCCUCCCUGCUUCGUCACAGGAAAAGGUGCAACAGAUUUUCUUUGAUCUCAAGAAAAAGAGAUCUGGCGCUGGCGGUUCUGGGAGGAUACCGGCUGUGGUCAGCAAGUCGCGGGGAGGCGGGAGUGGAACGAGACCAAACGCAAGAGCGCGGGUCCAGGAGGAGGAAUACGAGAAGGCCGUGGAGGAAGUGGCAGACAAGCUCCUUUCAAGUCUCCCACGCAUGCCAUUUCCUCCCACCAACGGAAGCAAGACCAGCAAAGCCGCCGCGGAUGACGCGUCCUUCGACCUGUCCGCCACACUUCACCGCAUCGCGACCCUACAGGCCCAGUUGACGAUGAAUAUGCAAUCGACGCACCUACUACGAAUGCAGAUCCGACGCGAAAAGGCAGAGCUGCGCCGCGACCGCGACGAACUAGCUGGGCUCGAGACCGCACUGAAGAGCAGCCAGACACUACGUCGAAAGAGGGAGAAGGGGCUACAUCCGCUCGCAAGGGCGGGAGUUGACGAUUCUCAGCAUGAAGACGAGAUUCCCCAGGAGGAUAUUGAAAAGCUCAACUCCCUCGCUGGCAUUGCUGUUUCUCAACCUGCCCCUGCUGACCGCCACGCUGCUGGCUGGUUCACAUCCAUACUGCCGGCAUCCUCUGCCCUGUAUCCGUCUCUGGAUUCGAGUGCGCGAGCGGAUCCUGAGUUAGACACCCUGCUCAGGCAACUACGGAGCCAUCUCCUCAGCAUGCAGAACAACACAUCGAGGUUGCAGCCAGUCAUGGCUGCCAUCGACGACGCGAAGACCACACUGGACCGGUUUGCUGUUACGACAUUCGACGACGAAGACUUGAGGCGACUUUGUGGCUUUUGA